AGCUGGGAUGAAGGACUUGAGCAGAAACUCAUUGCCAGCUUCCUCCCUGCGUGAGAGCCGUCUGAGUCCUAGGUCCCCCAUCAUCCCCUGGGACAUUGUGCACGGUGCCUGUUCUUGAACAAUCACGACAAUGGAGGUGCUCCCCAAGGCCCUGGAGGUAGACGAGAGGUCUCCAGAGUCCAAGGACCUGCUGCCCAGCCAGACAGCCAGCUCCCUGUGCAUCAGCUCCAGAAGUGAGUCUGUCUGGACCACCACUCCCAGAAGCAACUGGGAGAUCUACCACAAGCCCAUCAUCAUCAUGUCCGUGGGUGCUGCCAUUCUACUCUUUGGUGUGGCCAUCACCUGCGUUGCCUACAUCCUGGACGAAUCGCAAGCGCAAAAGGUUGUGCAAGUCCUCAGGAUGAUAGGGCCUGCCUUCCUGUCCUUGGGACUCAUGAUGCUGGUGUGCGGACUGGUGUGGGUCCCCAUAAUCAAAAAGAAGCAGAAGCAAAGGCAGAAGUCCAACUUCUUCCAAAGCCUCAAGUUCUUCCUCCUGAACCGCUGAUGACAGGUUGUCCUGAAAAUCUGCUGACCAAUAAGCAGCCUCCCCUUCUCUGUGGGUACCACAAAGCUGAUCCAGGCAAACCCUCUUCUUGGCCCUGUGGGCAGGGUAGAGCU